AUGGUGUAUAUCCGGCAAUAUCAGUUAUCGAACCUGAAGGACUAUCGUUAUGCGGGAGUUGACCUGUCGCUUAUAAGUCGAUAUGUUCUCAAGCCGUUCUAUAAUAACAUUGUGAUCAAGUGCUUCCCUAUGAGCAUGGCACCUAAUGCUAUCACCUUAACAGGCCUCUUCUUCGUUUUGAUCAACUUCUUCACCGUCUUAUACUAUAACCCGACUUUCGACAAAGACUGCCCACCAUGGGUCUAUGCCAGUUGCGCCAUUGGAUUAUUCCUGUACCAAACCUUUGAUGGUGUAGAUGGCAUUCAGGCACGGAGAACUAAGCAGAGUGGCCCUCUGGGCGAACUGUUUGAUCAUAGUGUUGACGCGUGUAACACGGCCCUGGGAGUUAUAGUCUUCGCUGCAGUUAUGAACCUUGGCCAGUCGUGGGCUACCAUUUUGACCCUUUUUGGAUCUACCAUGACCUUUUACGUCCAGACUUGGGAUAUGUACUACACGCAGGUGUUGACCUUGGGGAUUAUUUCCGGUCCUGUCGAAGGUGUACUUACGCUUUGCGUUGUCUUUGGAUUCACCGCAUAUAUGGGAGGCGGCAGCUUCUGGCAUCAGCCUAUGCUCGAGACGGUUGGCGUUCCUAAACUGGGGUUUGUCCCCGCGCAGCUCUAUGACAUGCCCUUCACGCAGUGGUAUCUUAUCUACGGCGGGAUUAUGCUGUUCUUCGCCACCGGCUCGAGCAUAGCGCACGUCGUCCAGGUUCGCAAAGAGCGUGGCAAGGAUCCACUCCAGCCACUAUAUGGUCUCCUUCCCCUCGUCUUGACAUGGGCCCUUGUGCCAGCAUAUCUAUACCUCAACCCGGCCAUUCUUGAGAACUAUAUAGUUCCAUUUGCACUGUAUAUCGGCUUGGUCAAUGCUUACUCUGUUGGUCGAAUGAUCUGUGCCCACCUAGUCAAGGCAGAGUUCCCUUAUUCAAAUAUUCUUCUUGGACCUCUUGCUUUGGCUGUGGUGGACAGCGCCGGUGCUCUUUUUGGUCUCUGGUCGAACACCUUGAUUGGCACCAUUGGACAGCCCGCGUUUGUUUUCCUGUGUUUGGGCCUAGGACUCGGUAUUUACGGAAGCUUCGUGCAUGAUAUUAUUACAACCAUCUGCGACUACAUUGAUAUCUGGUGUUUAACCAUCAAGCACCCGUACGUUCCAGAGCAGGCCGCCAACGGUGAUGUCCUUCGUGCGUCUAAGAAGACACUUUAG